GCUUUGUAAUGCUAACGCCGCAGUUGAACUUUACCACAUCAUGCUCUUAGAUUUAUUAACCGUGAAUCGUUUUGUUUGUUCGGCAUUUUUCUUUAUGAAGUGACAGAAAAUGUUUGACUUUAGUCGCAUUUUAAGUGAAAAAGCAGCCGGAAACGAUCGUAACAUUGACGUCCAGCGAUGCGCACCGGCGACAGUCCUUUAUUUCCGUCGACAAACGAUCCUGUCUCCAAUGAGAAACACUCUCAUCUUUAACUUUUAUGGAUGAUGAUGACGAUGGAUGCCCCGGCCCCUAACCAGAGUCAGUCCUCGUGUCAGAGGGCGGUCCAGAAUGGCUGGUCCACAGCUGAACCCCUCGGACCCCUCUGCAGUCCUCUGCCCAGUUUUCAUCAACUCAAUCUAGGACCUCCCCCACACCAGACCCCCGGCUGCAACCCCCUGCAGGCAUCCGGAGCUAACUGUAGCGUCUCUGCUGCCUUUCCAAACAAAACCAACAGUUAUUAUCGUGUGCAGUGCAGCGAUCAGAGCGUGCAGCAAAACCUUCCAGCUCCCAGCCAAGGACGGAAUAUGCCUCCAUGUUCUCUUCCACUAUUAAAUGCAGGGUCACAGCUUUUCAGCCCCCAACAGAUGCCCCUUUAUUACCCUCAAAGCCCCUACCAAGCAUCAUCUCCCCAGUUUCAGCCUCUGCACACAUAUCAGGACGUCUUGAGUUCACAGCAAUCACCAAAUAUCAACCAUCUUCCUGUUAGUCCUCCAGGAGUUGGUCAGCACGCACACUGGACUGAUUGGCCUUCUGAAGGAUAUAAUCACCACAAAUCUGCUUCACCCACGUCUCCCGUCCAGCAGCAACCUCACUGGAUGCUUUCAGCUCACCCUGAAGGAACCAGCUUUGAUCCCAACGCAGCUCCACAGGAUGGAAAUUUGACUCCACAGUCUCCCAACUCUGAGUCCCGUUACGGUCUGGACCCCAAACUGUUACCCAGUGCUGUGAAGGUGAUGGAAGAGGACAAGGAGGAGUGGGAGGGGAAGGUUUUCAUCUCGGAGCAUUUUUCCCGUCUUCCUCCUCUUUCAACGACCCCGUGUGUCGUAGAGGACAGAGGUAACGCAAGUCCGUUAGCGAUCCGCUCCACGACGUACUGCGUGCCAUGUGACGGCCAGACGACGCUGCUCAGCCGUCUGCCGCUGGGAGCUCUGGUUACCCCGUUUAUGAGUCAGAACGCUGGAGAGCUGCCCGUUCCGUUGUGCAAAGACACAGAUUGUGUUAGUGGUUGUUGUUGGUGUGGAGCGUCCAUGUGUUCAGUGAUGAGCUGGCAGGACUGUGGACAGAGAUUUUACUGCCCCUUCUGUGGUAAACUCAGUGAAGUGUCGUGGCAACAGUACCAGCACACCACAGGGCCAGAGGGGGUCCGGAUCGAUAAAGACAAGAGACCUGAACUCAGUUUGGGCUCAUACGAAACAUUUCAGUCUGAGAAGGGCGAACCUGCUGCUCUGCUUCUAGCGAUAGACGUGUCCAUUUCAGCCCUGAGAGGAGGACAUUUAGAGUUUGUGACACAACAAAUACACACACUGCUGGCUUCGUUACAAAGAGAGGAGGGUCAUCCUUUAUCAGAUGUCCGUGUGGGUUUGAUCACGUAUGACAGCAGGAUCCACCUGUACGACCUCAGCCCGGACCUGUCCCGCCCUCACAUGCUGGUGGUCACAGAAACAGAAGACCUGCAGCUUCCUGUGAGGGAGGGGCUUCUGGUGUCCCUCAAAGACUGUUCAGAAAGUAUCGACAGCGUUUUGCAGCUCAUUCCUCAGUUCACUGCAGACUGUGACUCCAGUGGAGUUUCCAUCCAGCUCCCUGUUCGAGCUGGGCUGGCUGUGCUGCAGGGUCUGAAGUGUCCUGGGAAGCUGCUGAUCUUUCAUUCUGCUGCUCUGAUAGAAACUGGAAACACAAACUCUUCCUCAGGGUUCUUUGGCGCCAACAAACCAAAGACAAUCUUUCAGCCAUCUGAGCAAGCCAUCUUAUUGGCUAAGGAGUGCGUCUGUCAGGGAUGCGGCGUUCACAUGUUCAUCCUCUCUCAGCACGAUGUGGGCGGGGCUUGGCCAGGUCACAUUCCUUAUCUUACAGGUGGAGCCCUGCACACCUACAGCUACCUCCAGGGUGAGUUGGACAGAGAGCGUUUCAGCUCCGACCUGAAGCGGGUUCUGCAGAGGGACACCGGUUACAAGGCUGAGCUCAGGAUGUUCGUCAGCAAAGAUUUACGAGUGUCCGGCUGUUACGGGCUGUUUGUGCCCGGUCCAAGUCCUGGACACGUCACCAUGGCCACAGUGGAUGAGAAGACAACAGUGGCUGUGGACCUCGCACACACCAGAGCUUUGGAUGAGGCGAGAGGAGCCGCCGUACAGGUGGUUUUGUCCUACAGUUCUCAGACAGGACAGAGGAGGACCAGAGUCCACACCCUGACUUUACGCUGCUCGCGCCACCUUCAGGACACCUUCAGGAACUACCAGGCCCAGACGCUGCUCACCUUCUACUGCAAGAAGAUGUACUGUGCAGUGCUGGAGCGCCCCCUGCAGGAGCUGAGGGAGGAGCUGCAGACAGAUGUAACCGAAGCUCUGGCCUCUUACCGCAAACACUGCUGCUCGUCUUCAGUCUCAGCUGGACAGCUGGUUCUCCCUCAGUUCCUGCGAGCUCUUCCUGUUUACGUCAACAGCCUGAGGAAGAGCGAGGUGCUGCUGCCGGGCCUGAGGAGCUCCGUCCACCAGAGGCUGCAGCAGCGCUGCCAGGUGCUCGGCCUGGACGCCCGCAGCACCGUCAGACACUUCUACCCCCAGCUGCUGCCCGUGCCACGUUCAGCAGACGGCUCCAAGCCUCCGAACCCAGAGGAGGCGCUGCGCUGCACCGCUGCCAGCCUGGAGCCCGGAGGUCUCUACCUGAUUCACGCCCCCUUCUCUCUGCUGCUCUGGGUGGGCAGCCAAGUCCCAGCAUGCACUCUGGCUGAGCUCUUCAACACCAGCUGCUUUUCCUCUCUGCACUCCGGAGAGACCAAGCUGCCCCCUCUGGAGACGCCUCUCUCCAUCAGCGUUCGAUCGCUCAUCGACACGCUCGACUCCGAGGCGCCGUGCGCUCGUAAGCUGUUGGUGGUGAAGCAGGGAGACACCUGUGAGGAGGCGCUGCAGCGCCACCUGGUGGAAGACAAGAGUCCCAACGGCGGCGCGAGCUACGCCGACUUCCUGUAUCACCUCCACGUCAACUCUGUCCGACUCCUGCAGUGACGCACACGUCUGUCUUUUAACCAAUCAGAACGCAGCGGUUCUUUCACCUCAAAGUGAAACCAUCCUGUCGAUGAAUGAAUUUUAAACAUAUUUAAAGACUGUUGACUGAAUUAUGUUGUGCAUGAGUGUGCCAGAAACAAAUUUGUUUAUUUAUUUUAAGGCUAAUGUGUUUGAGUCUCUGCUGCUGAUGUGUUUGAGGGUUCCUCUUUGAAUUACAAAUUAAAAAUAUGAAGAAUUUAAUCCAACCCUGA